AUGGCAAAAGAAGCGUCAUCGAAUACCGUUUGCCUUCUCUUGUUGAACUUACUGGUGUCGUCCAUCGCUGCAAGACCUUCAAAAGAUGAAGCAGCAAAUGCCAAGAUCACGACAUUACCUGGACAACCUACGGACGCGAGUUUUGCUCAGUAUUCAGGAUAUGUGACCAUAAACGAAAAGAAGAAGCUGUUCUAUUGGUUGGUUGAAGCGUCAUCAGAUGCAGAGUCUAAACCUCUUCUCCUAUGGCUCAAUGGAGGACCCGGUGCCUCGACAAUCGGGUACGGGGCUUUUCAAGAGAUCGGACCCUUUCAGAUCUUGCCCGACGGGAAGCUUUCUAAGAGACAAUUUGCAUGGAACACUGAGGCCAAUUUGCUCUUCCUUGAUUCCCCUGCUGGAGCUGGAUUUUCUAUCCUCAACGAGAGAGCUAUGCAGGAUGAAGCAUUUAUGAAUGAAAUUGGAGACGUCAACAAUUUUAACCUAUAUAUGAGACCAUCUGCGAGCCCCAUACAGGAUUUGAUGUACAGAGAUGGGUUUGGAUAUUACUCGGAUAAUGACACUAUUAAUUACUUGAGAAGGCGAGAGGUGCAGGAAGCUUUCCACAUUGACCCCUCCUAUAUUCCAGUGAACUACACUCUAGACAGUGACCUGGUUCAAAACAGCUACAUAGAAAGUGACACAGAAUCAUCGAUGUUGCCGGUUCUAAAAGAACUCGUAGAGGCCCAUUUGCGCAUUUGGAUAUAUAGGUAA